AUGCGGGGCCUCCAGCUCGGGCCGCUCGGCGCGCUGUGGCUGCAGGGUGAGUCCGGGAGCCUGGCCUGGGCCCGCCCGCCGCGUCUCCCUGGGGCUGUCGAGGACCGCUGGGCCGUCCCGCCCCGCUGGAGGCGCCUGGGCGCUCCGACGGCCUGUGGGGCCACAGGGGCGUUGUCCACCCACUGGGGCCGUCCAGCCGGACAGGGCGGGGAGGCCGACAGGAGAGCUGAGGCAGGGGCAGCACAGGCGGUCUGGCCACAUGGAGACUGUGUCCUGCCUGGGGGAGGGAAGGUGGGCUCCUGGCCCCACCCCAGCUCCUGGGAGCCUCCUGGCCUGGGCGGUGUGCUGUCCCCGUCCCCAGCUGGCGGCCGUGGUUUUACUGCUGGAGUCAUCGCUCUGGGCCACCCCUUGCCACACGUGGAGCAAUACGAGGUGGUGCGGCCCCAGCGCCUGCCCGAACCCCGUGCCCGCAGAGCCCUGCCCUCCCGUGUGGGGCUAUACCCGGAGCGUGUGAGCUACGUCCUUGGAGCUGGAGGACACACCUUCACCCUGCACCUGCGGAAGAACAGGGACCUGCUGGGCUCGGGCUAUGUGGAGACCUACACAGCCGCCAACGGCUCAGAGGUGACCGAGCAGCUGCAUGGGCAGGACCACUGCUUCUAUCAGGGCCAUGUGGAGGGGCACCAGGGCUCUGCUGCCAGCCUCAGCACCUGUGCCGGCCUCAGAGGCUUCUUCCGGGUGGACUCGGCCAUCCACCUGAUCGAGCCCCUGGAUGGGGGUGGCGAGGAGGGGCAGCAUGCGGUGUACCAGGCCCAGCAUCUGCGGCAGAAGCAGGUAACCUGUGGGGUCAGCAACACCAGCCUGGAUCAUGCCCUGGGGCCUCGGAUCGCAGCGGCUUUCAGGCCUCAGCCCCGGAACCAGCCACUAUCCCGAGACACCCGCUACGUGGAGCUGUACGUGGUCACAGACAGUGCAGAGUUCCAGAUGCUGGGGAGCAGAGCGGCCGUGCGCAGUCGGGUGUUGGAGGUGGUGAACCACGUGGACAAGCUUUAUCAGGAACUCAACUUCCGCGUGGUCCUGGUGGGCCUGGAGAUCUGGAACAACUGGGACAAGUUCCAGGUCAGCCCGCAGGCUGAUGUCACGCUGGACAAUUUCCUUGCCUGGAAGGCACAGGCUCUGACGGGGCAGCCCCGGCAUGACAAUGUUCAGCUCAUCACGGGGGUCGACUUCACCGGGACCACUGUGGGCCUGGCAAAAGUGUCCAGCAUGUGCUCCAGCAGCUCAGGGGCUGUGAACCAGGACCACAGCCAGAACCCUGUGGGCGUGGCAUCCACCUUGGCCCACGAGAUGGGCCACAACCUGGGCAUGGACCACGACGAGAACAUCCAGGGCUGCUACUGCCCUGUGCCACGUCAGGGCGGUGGCUGCAUAAUGGCCACCAGCAUCGGCACCAGGUUCCCCCGGAUGUUCAGCCAGUGUAGCCAGACUGACCUGGAGACGUUCCUGGAGAAGCCGCAGACGGGCUGCCUGGCCAACGCCCCGGACCCCGACCAGCUGGUGGGCGGCCCCGUGUGUGGGAACCACUUCGUGGAGCGUGGGGAGCAGUGCGACUGUGGCCCCCCCCAGGACUGUCACAACCGCUGCUGCAACGCCACCACCUGCCAGCUGGCCAUGGGAGCCGAGUGUGCCCAUGGCGACUGCUGCCACAAGUGCAGGGUGAAGCCAGCUGGCAAGCUGUGUCGUGCCCGGAAGGACCCCUGUGACCUGGAGGAGUUCUGCGAUGGCCAGCAGCCUGCAUGCCCGGAAGAUGCCUUUCAGGAGAACGGCAUGCCCUGCCCCGGGGGCUAUUGCUUCAAUGGGGGCUGCCCCACGCUGGCCCAGCGGUGCCAGGAGCUGUGGGGACCAGGUGCCCGGCCUGCUGCAGAGACCUGCUUCUCAUACAACACGUUGCCAGGCUGCAGGGCCUCUGUCCGCAGGGUCAACAGAUGUGGCGUCCUGUACUGUGAGGGGGGGCAGAAGCCCCCAGAGCGCAGCUCCUGCAUCCUCACCUCCCACUCAGCUGUGUGCCAGGCUCUUGGCAUGGGCACUGACGCUGCCUACGAGCCGGUGCCCGAAGGCACCAAGUGUGGCGAGGAAAAGGUCUGCUGGGAAGGACACUGCCAGGACUUCCAAGUGUACAGGUCCAGAAACUGCUCUGCCAAGUGCCACAGCCACGGGGUGUGCAACCACAAGAGGGAGUGUCACUGCCAGGCCGGCUGGGCCCCACCCGACUGUGCAGAGCUGCUGGACAAUGUGCGCGCAGCGUCUGGGAGCUUCCCGGUCGGCGUGCUGGUGGCUGUGCUGUUCCUGGUGGCCGUGUUGGUCAUCGUGGCAGCCUUCAUCAUCUACCGUAAGGUCCGGAGCCACGGCCAGAAGCGGAAUGCAGCGCCCAAGACCACUGUGGGGCUCUCCAACCCCCUGUUCCGUGGCGGGGGCAGCCCCGCACCAGCCAAGGCCGGGGCUAUGGCCCCCACACAGGGAUCCCCAGAGCUGGUCUCUGCCACCAGCCCCAGCCAGCCUCCCAGACCCACAGCUUCCUCUGUGACUCCAAAGAGGCUACCUCCUGCUCCUCCAGCUGCCACAUCCAGCCCAGCCUUCCCAGUUCCUGUCUACACCCAGCAGGCACCAGGACAGGUUGUCAAGCCGACCUGUGCGCCCCCGAUGCCUCCGGUCAAGCCUGCAGUUGGCGAGGCCCAGCCAGGCCUGGCUCAGGGAGUUGUUGGCCCAAAGGUUGCUCUCAAGCCCCCCAUCCAGAGGAGGUGACAGGCUCGAGCUCCCAAAACACCACAGGGGUGGGGGAAACAUCGUGCACCUGUCUGGAAGUUUGGAGAAGUCACAACAGAAGAGCCACGUGCUUCAGCAUCCCAGGGUCACAGCCAGAGAGCCCCCUCAGCACAGUACUCUGGGCUGGACCCUCAGCCCCUGUUCUGACCUCAGGAAUGUAUCUGCCUGAGAGGCUCUUGCUGUCGGGCUGGGGCCAGUCGAGUCCCUUCUCACCCACAUUGACCACACUCAGCCCACUUGUAGUCACAAGGCUGGGGUGAGCUGCCGGCUGCUGUGUGUGUGUGUGCAAGGAACACAGUCCCUCCAGGCCGUCCCUGCACCUGCCCUCAGGCCUCUGAGCUCCAGCCGUGCUCAGUGUUGUCCAGUCCUAGGCACGUGCUUAUGUGGUACCUUACCA